AUGGCCCGCAUCCUGGAGUCUGGGGAUCGCCGCUGUCGCCAAUUCUUUCACGCCCCACACGUUCUCGCUCGCUUGAUUGGAAAUACAAUACAUGACUGGCAGCCUCCUGGAAAACCGUUGCUGCCGGUAGUUGUGGUGGCGGUACCUGAUGUCGCCAUUUGCACCAUAACACAGUCAAAUCCUUCGAUGCGAAGCGCAGAGACUGCGGGCGCGUGGAAAUACCACUGUGCCAUGAGUAGAAGUCCAUGUCAGGCAUUUCCUAGCCCGCCGAAGCGCGUCCUAGGCAAACAAGGGGAAGUUGUCGACGGCGGCGGUGAUAUUCGGAACCAUCGACGAUUCGACAGCUUUGAGUCGGCGAACGCCGCACCAGACCCUCUCCCCAGAGCAGCUUCCCAGUACGACCGAGAAUCGACCGCCGAAGAGAGGCAUAAGACCGCAAUUUAUAUGCAUCCAGCUUUUUUGCGUGGGCUAGCGGCUCGGCUGAGGCGACUGGCGGCAACUUGGCUGUACCAUGCAACAGACCCUGGGCGAGUCGAGACCGCGAGGUGUGCUGGAAGUCCAUUUCCGCAAGAGGAUAAAAAGUCAUAG